CAUCACGUGACCGUUACGUUGCUCGCGUUUCGGAUCCCACGUGACUCGAGGCGUCACAGUCCACGCCCCAAACACAUGGUUCGUCCCCGACUCGGACGGGGGGGAAUUGUUUCUUUUUUUUAUGUGACCCGGAGACGCCGGCUCAACCGCGGGGACCAUUGUAGAGAAGUGAGUAGAUACGAUGCGAGGAGCAACGACAUCGGAGUGCUAAUGCGGCUUCCGGUGGCUGCUGGAUGGGCAUCUGGGCUUCGAGGGCACGACACGACAAUAUGCAACUGACAAAGAACGGUCCCGUCGACGUGUCCUCCUCCGACGGGAGCAUAGAAGACGAGAAAUCAGACAUGGCGGACCAUUCCGAACCGUCAUCGUCGGCCGACUUGCACGACUCUGGGAUAACAGACACCGACGACGAACCAUGGGGUAUCAACGUGAUACCGCCGGAUACCGUAACACUACACUGGGGACCACCGGCACGGGGCGUAAUACGGGCCCUGUCGUACAUCGUCGAGAAGCGGGACCCUUCCGACCAAGAUUGGGUGCCUGUCGUCAUUCUGGACGCCGAUAUUACCAGCUACGUCAUCCGCGAUCUGGACUUGCGUUCAGAGCACUGGUUUCGAGUGUUGGCCAGGAGUUCCAUGGGUCUCACCACCGUCCUCGAGACGGAUCGACCUGUGCAGCUGCGUGAAGAUGAGCCGUUAGCAGCCGAGCGACCCGAUCCGCCUUCGACUCCUCUGCUCGUGGUCGUAACGGGACCAUUCUCCAUGGACGUCAAAUGGACGGCGCCCCUGUAUGACGGAGGCCGUCCGGUUCUGGGGUACGUGGUUGCUGUGAAGGAGCCGAGAAGGACACUUUGGAUGGAGGUCAGUCAAGUGAACGCCCCAACUUUGAAGACUCAGAUCCAGGACUUGGAGGAAGGUCACGAGUACUUGGUUCGUAUCUACGCCUGGAACGAGGUUGGCGUGAGCGAGCCCCUCGAAACUCCUGAGGGCACCAAGAUUGUCCGGCCACCAGGAGUGGUUGUGCCCCCAUCGGCUCCCGUGGGACCACUGGUGAUCGAAGAAGUCACCGAGAACUCCGUUCGGCUAUCGUGGAAGCCGCCCCUCAACGCCGGCGGGGACGCCGUCGCAAAUUACAUCGUCGAAUAUCGAGAUGUGUCUGCUGCUGAGAUUGCCAAGUUCUCUCUGAGGACGCCCGACGCCCGAACCCGUUUCACCGUCGAGGAUCUCAAGUGUCGCCACUUCUACGUAUUUCGAGUCAGCGCCGAGAACCAAGCCGGCGUCGGCGACGCGCUCGUAGACAAGAAGCCCGUCCGAGUACAGGCAGCGCCAAAGAAGCCUCCUGCUCCUGAUCCGCCCGUGGUUGUCGUGCACCCGACCAUGCCGGACGCGUGCAUCGUGACAUGGGCGCCCCCGUGCGACGGGGUGACCCUGUACGUGCUCGAGCGCUGUGACCUGGUGGGCGACGUGUGGAUCGUCGUGAGCCAGCAGAGAGAGGCCGAGUUCGUGGCGCAGAACCUGGUGCCCGGCAUCGAGUACUCGUUCCGCGUCAGCGCAGAGAAUGAGUGCGGCAUGGGCAAGUGGUCCAAGCCGUCCGAGCCCAUUGUCAUCACCAGGAAAGUUGCAUCGAUGACAGCGCCGGAGUUUACCAAGUUACUCUCCGACGUCAAUGUUCUCGUUGACAAUGACGCCUGCUUCACCUGCCAGUUUACAGGAAAGCCUACACCAGAGAUCACAUGGUACAAGGGCGGUCAAGAAUUAUUCGAGUCGCCACGUGCGGACAUCGACACUUCCCUGGCCAGCUCGACAUUGACUCUCAAACAAGUUCGUCUCGAAGACAAGGGCAAGAUUGAAUGCCAGGCCCUCAACAACGCCGGUUUGAAAACGACGUCAGCAAAGCUGACGGUUCUAGCACCACCGAAGUUGAUCAGCUCCCCGGCCUACAAGGAUGGCCUCAUGUUCGAUUCCGGAGAGACGUUGCGAGUCAAGCUGUCCUACACCGGCCACCCACCUCCUACGUUCGUGUGGAAGCGAAAUGACCAGCCUUUGACUUUUGAAGACCCUAACUGCUCGGUGACCGUCGACAGCGAAGAUCAGACAAUACUGUUCAAAAUAGUGGACGCUGAUUGCAACCAUCGGGGCACUUACUCGCUGGAAGCCACCAACGAGCACGGUAGCGACGUGUUUUCUGUCGACAUCAUGAUAACAGGUGAACCAGACCCUCCCAGUUUGCCGCCCGAAAUCACUUCUGUGGACUGGACCUCAUGCACGUUGGCCUGGAAGCCAACGGAUAACGACGGUGGCAGUCCUGUCAGUAGCUACGUCGUCGAAAAGCGCCUCAUGGACAAUGAGCUUUGGCUAAAAGCGACAACAACCCAUCACGAACAUUGUACUGUAUAUGGGCUAGAAGAAGGCGCCAAGUACGCAUUUAGGCUGCGAGCGGUCACUGUUUACGGCACAAGCAAGCCAGGCCCCAGCACAGAGCCCGUCAGCCUGCCACGACUAGACUCUAGAGGCGACACGCUAGCCACAGAAGUAGAAUCAACAGAACAAACAGAAGCUAUCGCAACGGAGCAGGAGUUGGGUUCCAUAGAAGAAGACGUUACACUCACUGUCACCAAGUAUGACAGCGAUGACCAGCGUUCUUCGCUUGACGUUGACGAAUUCCUCAACGAAGACGCCGCCGUUUCUGAGGUGGUGUCUCAGGUUACAGCUCCACUCGCGCCUAGUGAACUUAGUGACUACGAAACCCUCGUGCCAAGCUCCACAGUCAAGGUAGAAUCUGUCGAAGUGUCCGAGAUCGACAACGACACACUGGCGAAACGUGCCAGUCUCGAAACCAGCGACGUCGCUGUGUGCAAGGCUGUUCCGAUUGAGGAGGCCGUUGUCGCAGCAACCGAGGAAGAGCCAUUACUGGAAGCGCCAUUGUUGCCUGAACCUAAGAGGCCGUCACGGUUCGCAUUAGAGAACAUUCGUACGAAGUUAUUCCUAUGCAGCGGACGACGUGCUCAGUGGAACAUGUACAGGAACCUGCUUCCCGAGUCAUCUUUUCUCAUCAUCGACGUUUCGGAACCACUUCUCGUUCUCGCGCCUCCCCUAGAACUCGAGUCGACCAGCAUGUUCGUGGACCCCGAGAGGACACUGCCCAUAGUGUGCCGUUUCACUCUCAGCGAGCGACUUCCACUCGCAAUCAACUACAUCAUCGACACCUUGCUGACCGAGUCGAACCUCCGCAGGCUUCAGCAACCGUCUCGCGCAUGCUGUUCGGUAGAAUACAUAGAAACUGUGCCCAGUCCCAUGGCGAUCAUAACGACAGUCAAGCCGAACGAACCAGUUCCAAGAAUUGUCACGCCGCAGGCGUCGCCUGAGCUACUGCUAGAGCACCCGAUUUACGAAAAGCGGCGCGAACUGCUCUCUGCUUCGCCAGCCGACUCUGGAGUGGAUACAAGCUUCGGCUACCAGCGACCAAUACUUAGGAGUACGAAGCCGCAAGCAGGCGAAUACUAUGGAGAGUUUUACAUGCACGACGCGCUGUACUAUAAGAAGGCUGCACGAGUGAAGGAGUUCGACGUACGUACGAGAAGGUCAUAUUCCCGAAGGAUCACGUCGCUCUCCAGGAGCAUCGAACACGACUACAGCGUCAAGAAGACAAACAUCGACAGGCUAGAAAGCCGAAUUUCGUCGGAAAUGUCCAGCUUGGAGCGAGAUCUGGAACUCCUGCGAUCGAUGCAGAGCAUGCUUCGACGAGAGCUUAAGACUAGAGAGCGACCUUCCGGAGACCAGAACGGUGGCAAGGAAAGCACCAGCGGCCGAAAGGCCGACGGUACAUCGGAUUCAUCGGCGACGUCGCGCGUCAGACCAUACCCGGAGUCAGGAUCACGAGGCUACAUGUCCAGGCGACUGUCGAGAAGCGACUCGUCCGAUUCCGAGGAACCGCAGCCCGUAAAGCUGCGUGCAAAGCCGCAACCUAAGGGCGAGGCGCCUCGCUUCGUGACUCGCCUCGAUAACCGCAUUGCGCCCAGUGGCUACCGAAUCAAGCUCCACUGCACCGUGGUCGGCGAUCCAAUGCCACAGGUGACGUGGCUGAAGAACGGCAUCAAGGUGACGCCCGACAGCAGGCACAUGGAGAUUACUCUAACAGACUUCGGGAUGUGCAGCCUUGAGAUCUACAACGUGAAGCCGGACGACACUGCUGAAUACACGUGUUACGCCGUCAAUGCCUACGGAGAUGCUACCACUAGUGCCUAUCUCCGAAUCACAGGCGAAAGGGACGAGACGCCCGAGGAGCCUAGAUUCGAGUCGUGCGCCCCCGACCUGAGCGUAAGACCUGGCGGGAAGGCUGUCUUCUCUUGGAGGGCGACCGGGUCCCCAACGCCCACGCUCAAAGUAAUGAAGGACUCGAGGCCCCUGCGCACCAACCUGACGACGGACGUGAUCAUCUCAAAAGACGGCGUGUGCCGUGUCUGCAUUGCCAAGGUCACCCCUGAGGACGCUGGAGUUUUCACUUGCACCGCGGAGAACGACUCCGGAACGGCUGUUUCCACCAGCAUCCUAAGGAUCGCUGGCCAAGAGGAUAGCAGUGAAGAAUUCCAAGAGGAGAGACGCCGCCUCGAAGAAAUGCAUAUGCAAGACAAACGACAGCCAGCAGCUGCCGUCGAGCGAGAAUCGAAGCUUUCCAGGCCACAGUAUGACCUGCCACCCGAAGAAGACAAGGAAGAAUACUACAAGCCGAGACGCCACUUCAAGACGUACGGAAUGCUCGGUCUCAAUUAUUUAGAGGACGUCCCACGUACAACUCACGAACCAUUUUCCGUCCCUGGGCCUCCGUUGGAUCCAGUUAUCACGGAAACCGGACCGACGUCAGCAACACUCGUAUGGACCAAGCCGAUCUACAACGGGGGGCUCGCCCAUCACUGGCUACCGCAUCCAGUGCCGCGAGGUACCCUCCAAGCAGUGGCGUGACAAGGCGACGUCUCGAAUAUGCCUCUGCGACAUAUUCGGGCUGAAGCCACAGACAGAGUACGUGUUUCAAGUAAGCGCUGGAAACAAGAACGGCUGGGGACAGCCCACCAUUGCAGUGCCUGAACUGAAGAACUGGCGAUGGCGCCAGCAGUGAUGAAUCUGAGCAACGAGUGCUCGUCGAAGAAGAACUGUAACUACCUUCACCGACAGACCGCUGCGGCGCCGUGUAAUGGUGGAGCUGAUCUGUCCCGAUUCUGCCUCGUUCUCGCUUUACUUUCAGAUCGGCGGAAUUGCGGACCGACCUGCGCGAAUAAUUACUGCCAGCAGUGUUGUUUUUCCCUUUCGUGUAUCGCUUCCCACACUCCUCCAUGCUCAAGUCGGCGACCGGCUCAGCGCUGAUAAAUAAAGGAGGGCAAAGUAUGAAGCUUUGCUCCGUGUUGUGACGUGCGCAUCUCA